CGGUAGUCUAGCUAGCUAGUCGCUCAGAUACUACCGUACGGCUGUAGCCAGCAAACGAAACGUUACGAAACAUUCCUGCCUUUGUAGUACCCGGUAUCAAUGACGUCAUCCUCACUCGAAGAUCUUGCCAAUGUUGCUGUCCGAUGCCACCAGACCACCCCACCCCACACCAACACUCAACCUCGAUGAUGUCUUCAUGCAUGAUGCAUAAUACCGCUAUCAUCAGCCAAGUUCGACGAAGCUCAUACAAGCCAGUACCGUAGGCAACACACUACCGGUACGGGUGGAUAAUCAAAUCCAUUUUAGUUAAAGCACCGUAGCAGCAACAGCCUGAGCAACAACAGCCUGACAUACCGUAUGAUACUCCUGACAGUCCCGACCUUUUUGUUCUGUCUGCUCUGCCAGACAGAAGCAUUUCACGUGUACCCUACAGCACCAAGAAGGCUUGGUAUCUCCAGUUCCCAAAAUAGAAUUCACGGCUUGGCCAACUCAGAAGAAGGGCAUGUUGACAGCAUUGUUAGUGCGGAGGAUACCGGCAGUGAUGUUCGCAACAGUGCUCUCCUGAAUCGAAGGACCCUCCUCGGGACCGCGUUGGGUAGCUUGGGUGCCCUGUUGUCGGCUACCCCUUCGGCCGAUGCUGCCAUGACGGAAGAGACCAAUACAUUUGCAGACACUUGGUGGAAUCCGAAUACCAGCAGCACCAAAUCCAGCUCUACUACUGGCCAAUCCUCCACCAACAACAAUACCCCAUCGGAUGAAAUUGCCGUAUCCAUAUCCCGACAAGAUGCACAGCGUGGAUUGGGCAUUGAAUUGGCAGAGAUUGAAUUUCGAACCAACCUUCGAGUCUACGUCAAAACCGUCCUACCAGGUUCCUUGGCCGAGAAAUUGGGCAUUCAAAAGGAUUGGAUUGUGGUCUCUGUCAACGGACAAUCGGCCGAACGGACCAAUGCAGAAGGCGUUACGUUGAUGGUUUCCAGAGCCAUCCGGUCCGGAUCCGAAGAAACGAUUCAGUUGCAAUUCCGAGACAAUAACUAUUUCAAAGACAAACUAUCCGCUGGAUUGACACCCAAUCAACCCGUUACGACGCAAGUGGCACCGGCGGGAGAUACCACUCAACGAAAUCGCGAUGGAUCUGUACGGACCGGCACUGUCACGUCCCAAACCGAUCAACGAGUCACUGUGGAGCAGCUGAUUCCUCCCAAAAUGUGUACCCGGGGAGCUCAGACCGACGAUCUCUUGGAAAUCUCGUACCUCGGAACCGUCGUCGAGACGGGAGAUAUCUUUGAUGGAUCCGCGGUCAAGAUCAAUGGCAAGGCAAUCCCUGGCCGCGGAGACGACGUUAGUCUCUAUUUUGUGCUAGGGAAACAACCCUUUGGACAGUUCCCGCCUGGAUGGGAUGUCGGACUAACUGGUCAAUGUGUCGGAGAACGACGGCGAGUCAUCAUUCCUCCCGUGUUGGCGUACGGGAGUGCUGGAUUGCCAAGGAGAGGGAUCCCACCCGAUGCCACACUGCAAUACGAUAUCACUUUGGUUUCUCUAAAUGGUCUCUCUACUCCGCAAUGAUAAUGUCCUUAAGGAACAAGAUUCUGAAUGAAGUUUCCUUGUAGUAUCCAUUAGACCAACUUGUUUGGACCUCCUUA